CGUCUGUUUUAUUUUAAUCCUAAAUUCCCGGUACCGGAGCCAUGUUGGCAUCCACACAGCUAAGCUAAGCUAAAACAAACGUAUAUUAGCGAAACGCAAAAGCAGGCUGCCCUGCAUUGAAAUAACAACAUUAAUAAACAACAACAACAAAAUCGUUCUCGCGCAUCCUAAUAACAGACACCUGUAAAUGCACGAGCUCCGGAUGAAAGAAGGGAAUCAUGUUAUCCAAACAAAAGGAGCGCGUUAUCCAUCCUGAAGGCCUAACGUUAAGUGUCGCAAAGACAGGCUGGCUGCUCGCUUUCCGUUUCCCCGGGCUGGCUCGAGACAACUUUCUCCGCGUGAAUAUCCCGACGUAACCUUCCGCGUUUUCUCCGCGCGCGGACACACGCACUCGACCGGAGAGAGAGGGAAAAAAAGGGACAAUGCGCGUGAGAGAUGAGGGGGCACGCGGCGCUGUUUACACACACACACACACACACAGAUACCACUCACGCGCUUCCGCUCACUACUAGUACCACCUGGUUACCAGGGCAGCACUACUAACUAGUUGCCUGCGCAAUUAUGGGAUGGAUUGCCAUGGCAACAGACCAGACGUCACGAGCUGGAGCUGGGCAUGUGUGUUCCAUUUUCGUCUCUUAUUUUCAGAGCGGAGGAUUUUUGGAUAGAGGAGGAAGAGGGAAAGAAAACACCGGAGCGACUCCAGACCUCCAGAGCGUUUUUGUGCUUUUUAGUUAAAAAAAAAUAAAUAAAAAAAUCCUCACCAUCAGCUGUCCCCCUUUAAAAAAAUCUUCAUCUUGUCCUUAAAAAAGGCGUUGCUUAAUCGGGAGUUUGCACGACUUUUCUUUCUUUCUUUUCUUUUUCUUUUUUUUUAAACCUCCUCCUGGACGCACGGAUGUAAUUUUUGUGCGUGAGGGCGCGCGCGCGCGUGUGUGUGUGUGUGUGCGUGUGUGUGUAUGUGUGUGCGUGUGUUAUGCGGUGAAGAUGCCCGGAUCGCUGAGCAACGAGGAAGAGGGCCAAGACGAUUUGGAUUUUGAAGACGACGUGCCAGACGAGGAUGAGGAGACCGAACACGUCCGCGUGCCGCUCUCGCCUCUGGAGCGCUUCUUCUCAGACGACGACUCGAUCAAGCAGAAGAAGAAGAAACCCAGCAAGCAGAAGGAGGGCAGGAUGCCUAAAGUGAAAAAGAAGAAGAAGGAGGGUUGCUCCAGCGAGCACGAGGCUGUAUCGGACAGGGAGGACCAGCGCUCCGGGAGCGAGAGCAGCAGCUACGGCAUGCUGAAGAAGAAAAAGAAGAAGCCCAGAGAAAAGAAGGAGAAGAAGGGCAAAUGGAGGAAGAAGGACGACGAUGACGACGACGACGACGACGAUGGAAAUAUGAAGGAACCCAAAUCUUCGAGUCAGCUAAUGGAGGAGUGGGGUCUCGAGGACGUCCAGUACGCCUUCUCCGAGGACGAUUACAAAACCAUAACCAACUACAAGGCCUUCAGCCAGUUCCUCAGGCCUCUCAUCGCCAAGAAAAACCCCAAGAUCCCGAUGUCCAAGAUGAUGACAGUGUUAGGCGCUAAAUGGCGCGAAUUCAGUGCCAACAACCCGUUUAAAGGCAGUUCGGCGACGGCUGUAGCCGCUGCAGUGGCUGCCGCCGUGGAAACAGUCAACAUCACGCCUUCGAUCUCCAUCAGCAGCGUUCAGCAGCUCUCUCCAAUGGGGCAGGUCAAAAAAGCCAAAACCAAAGAGGGCAAGGGGCCGAGCGCAAGGAAGAAGAGCAAGCAGCCAAAGGACACGAAAAAGAAAGCAAAAGCCAAGAAGCCCAAAUUGAAAGCAGGCCAGAGCAGCAAGAGGAAAAAAGCCUCCUCUAGCGAAGACGAUUUCUUAGACGACUUCUCCGACUUCGAUGACAUCAGCAUCCACAGUGCCUCCGUUCGCUCCGACGCCUCGGGGGUGCCCAAGAAGAAAACGAGACGAGGACGCAAAAAGAGGAAAAGAGAAGACGGAGACGGCUACGAGACGGACCAUCAGGACUAUUGUGAGGUGUGUCAGCAGGGCGGUGAGAUCAUUCUGUGUGACACCUGCCCCCGAGCCUAUCACCUUGUGUGUCUCGAGCCUGAGCUGGAGAAGGCCCCCGAGGGUAGAUGGAGCUGCCCUCACUGUGAGAAGGAGGGAAUUCAGUGGGAAGCAAAGGACGAUGACGAGGAGGAAGAGGACCCUGCAGGAGAGGAAGAGGACGACCACAUGGAGUUCUGUCGAGUGUGUAAAGACGGCGGAGAGCUGCUAUGCUGUGACACGUGUCCUUCCUCCUACCACAUCCACUGCCUGAACCCGCCUCUGCCCGAGAUACCCAACGGAGAGUGGCUGUGCCCACGGUGCAUGUGCCCCCCUCUUAAAGGGAAAGUCCAGAAGAUUCUGCACUGGAUGUGGGGGGAUCCGCCUUUACCCCCCGAGCCUCUCUCCACUCAGGAUGGUAAAAAGGAGGACAUACCGGUCAAACCUCCGCUAAAGGGUCGUCCCGAGAGGCUGCUGUUCGUGAAGUGGGCGGGGCUGUCCUACUGGCACUGUUCCUGGGUCAGCGAGCUACAGUUGGAGCUCUAUCACACGGUCAUGUACAGGAAUUACCAGCGGAAGAACGACAUGGACGAGCCGCCACCCUUCGACUACGGCUCGGGUGAAGAGGAGCUUAACAACGAGAAGAGGAAGAGCAAAGACCCACAGUAUGCCGCUAUGGAGGAGCGUUUCUAUCGCUAUGGGAUCAAACCCGAAUGGCUAAUCAUCCACCGGAUCCUCAAUCACAGUUUUGACAAAGACGGAGACGUUCACUACCUGAUCAAAUGGAGAGAUUUACCGUACGACCAGUGCACCUGGGAGAUCGACGACUUCGACAUCCCCGAAUAUGAGAGUUUUAAACAGGCCUACUGGGACCACCGGGAGCAAAUGCUAGGUGAAGACCAUCGUCCCCUAGUGGUGAGAAAAGGAAAGAGCCUGAAAGAGGAAGUGAAGAGGAGAGAUGCUCCUCCUGAAACUCCGGUUGUGGACCCCACAGUUAAAUUUGAGCAGCAGCCGUGGUACAUCGAUGCUACAGGAGGAACUCUGCACCCGUACCAGCUGGAGGGUCUGAACUGGUUGCGUUUCUCCUGGGCACAGGGAACCGAUACCAUCCUGGCUGAUGAGAUGGGACUGGGCAAGACGGUGCAGACGAUAGUGUUCCUGUACUCGCUCUAUAAAGAGGGUCACUCUAAAGGCCCGUUCCUGGUCAGCGCUCCAUUGUCCACCAUCAUUAACUGGGAGCGAGAAUUUGAGAUGUGGGCUCCGGAAUUUUACGUGGUGACAUACACGGGCGAUAAAGACAGCCGGGCGGUGAUACGGGAGAACGAGUUCACGUUCGAGGACAGCGCUGUCAAAUCAGGCCGCAAAGUUUUCCGCAUGAAGAAAGACACACCUGUGAAGUUCCAUGUGCUGUUGACCUCGUAUGAAUUGAUCACCAUCGAUCAGGCCAUUCUGGGCUCCAUCACUUGGGCAUGUUUGGUCGUGGAUGAAGCCCAUAGACUGAAGAAUAACCAGUCUAAGUUUUUCAGAAUUCUGAAUGGCUAUAAGAUUUACUACAAGCUGCUCCUGACCGGUACGCCUCUACAGAACAAUCUGGAAGAGUUAUUCCACCUGCUGAACUUCCUCACUCCAGAGCGCUUCAAUAAUCUGGAGGGAUUUCUCGAGGAGUUUGCUGACAUUUCUAAAGAAGAUCAGAUUAAGAAGCUGCAUGACCUGUUGGGACCUCACAUGCUGCGGAGGCUGAAGGCCGAUGUCUUCAAGAACAUGCCAGCAAAAACCGAGCUAAUUGUGCGCGUGGAGCUCAGCCCUAUGCAGAAAAAAUACUACAAGUUCAUCCUCACGCGAAACUUUGAAGCUCUGAACUCUAAAGGAGGCGGAAACCAGGUUUCACUUCUCAACAUCAUGAUGGACCUGAAGAAAUGCUGCAACCACCCGUACCUGUUCCCUGUGGCGGCUGUGGAGGCCCCUGUGUUACCAAACGGGUCCUACGAUGGGAACCUGCUGGUGAAGUCCUCAGGGAAACUCACUCUGCUUCAGAAAAUGCUCAAGAAGCUCAAAGACGACGGACAUCGCGUCCUUAUUUUCUCCCAGAUGACGAAGAUGCUGGACCUGUUAGAAGACUUCCUGGAGUUCGAAGGCUAUAAAUACGAGCGUAUCGAUGGUGGGAUAACUGGAGGACUGCGGCAGGAGGCCAUUGAUCGCUUCAAUGCACCGGGAGCGCAGCAGUUCUGUUUCCUGCUGUCCACUCGUGCUGGGGGAUUGGGAAUCAAUCUGGCAACCGCUGAUACUGUCAUCAUCUACGACUCUGACUGGAACCCACAUAAUGACAUUCAGGCGUUCAGCCGAGCACAUCGUAUUGGACAGAAUAAGAAAGUGAUGAUCUAUCGCUUUGUGACACGGGCAUCAGUGGAGGAGCGGAUUACCCAGGUGGCCAAGCGCAAGAUGAUGCUCACACAUCUGGUGGUGCGUCCGGGCCUGGGCUCCAAAACAGGAUCCAUGUCCAAGCAGGAGCUGGAUGACAUCCUGAAGUUCGGCACAGAGGAGCUCUUUAAAGACGACGUGGAAGCCAUCGGUGACAGUAAGGACGGAGAGGAAGGCAGUGUGAUCCACUACGAUGACAACGCCAUCUCCAAGCUGCUGGACCGCAGUCAGGAUGCCACCGAGGACACUGAGAUCCAGAACAUGAACGAGUACCUCAGCUCCUUCAAGGUGGCUCAGUAUGUGGUGCGGGAGGAGGAUGGAGAGGAGGAGGUGCAGAGGGAGAUCAUUAAACAGGAGGAGAAUGUGGAUCCUGACUACUGGGAGAAACUCCUGCGGCAUCAUUACGAGCAGCAGCAGGAGGAUCUGGCACGCAAUCUGGGGAAGGGCAAGCGCAUCCGCAAGCAGGUCAACUACAACGACACGUCUCAGGAGGACCAAGAAUGGCAGGACGAUCUUUCAGACAAUCAGUCCGAAUACUCAGUCGGAUCUGAGGAUGAGGAUGAAGAUUUCGAGGAGAGACCUGAAGGGGGACGGCGACAGUCUCGCAGGCAGCUGAAGAGCGACCGGGACAAACCGCUGCCUCCACUGCUGGCUAGAGUAGGAGGAAACAUAGAGGUACUUGGUUUUAAUGCGCGUCAGCGAAAGGCCUUCCUGAACGCCAUCAUGCGCUGGGGUAUGCCUCCUCAAGACGCCUUCAACUCGCACUGGCUGGUCCGAGACCUGAAGGGGAAAAGCGAAAAAGAGUUCCGAGCGUACGUGUCGCUGUUCAUGAGACACCUGUGCGAGCCUGGAGCAGACGGAGCGGAGACGUUUGCGGACGGCGUGCCGAGGGAGGGCCUGUCCCGACAACACGUCCUCACCCGGAUUGGAGUCAUGUCUCUCGUGAGGAAAAAGGUGCAGGAGUUUGAGCAUGUGAAUGGCAAAUACAGCACUCCAGAUAUGAUUCCUGCAGGUCUGGAGCUGAAAAAGCUCACAGAGAGUCUCUCUUCAGACCCAAACACUCCUGUACCAGCCAGUCCUGCUCCGACUCAGCCCAGCACCCCGGUACCGUCAGACAAACCUGAGAGCGGUCCCGUUCCCCCGGAAGAUAAAGACAGCACUGAACACGAGAGCUCGAAAACGGCCGAGUCUGAGCAAUCCUGUCUGCCUUCUCAGACAUCCAAAGAAUCCGAAUGUUAUCCUGACAAGACGAGUGAGAGUGAAGAACUGAAAAGAGGUGGCGCUGAGCAGAAGUCAAACGAAGAGAGCGAGAAGAAAGACGACUCACCCGCCGAAUCGGAGCCCUCGGCCAAUCAAACGCAGCCAAUAUCUAAGCAGAACGAGCAGUCCGCCAAUCAGACGCCACCUAUAGGACAACAAAGUAAAGAUAUAGAGAACACAGCUGAGAAAAUGGAAAAAGACGCUUCUGCUGCCGUGAAGUUGGAGGACAAAGAACCAAAACAAGGUUACAAAGCUGCUCCCCAUGAACCCAAAUCUGAGGACGCCAUUGAGAGUCAGCUGAAUGGAGAGAAAGAAGCGAGGGACGAGGUGGACGAUGGCCAAAAAGACGAAAAGAAUGGCGCUAAGGCACGCUUCAUGUUCAACAUCGCAGAUGGCGGCUUUACAGAGCUGCACACUCUGUGGCAGAAUGAAGAACGUGUCGCUGUGUCGUCCGGUAAGAUGUAUGACAUCUGGCACCGGCGCCAUGACUACUGGCUUUUGGCCGGCAUCGUAACUCACGGCUAUGCCCGCUGGCAGGACAUCCAGAACGACCCACGCUAUGCCAUCCUCAACGAGCCCUUCAAGACUGAGAUGAACAAAGGCAACUACCUGGAGAUGAAGAACAAGUUCCUGGCACGGAGGUUCAAGCUGUUGGAGCAGGCCCUGGUGAUUGAAGAGCAGUUAAGGCGGGCAGCUUACCUGAACAUGACGCAGGACUCCACACACCCAGCCAUGGCGCUUAACACGCGUUUCGCCGAGGUCGAGUGUCUGGCUGAGUCGCACCAGCACCUUUCCAAAGAGUCUCUGGCUGGAAAUAAGCCGGCGAAUGCCGUCCUACACAAAGUGCUGAAUCAACUGGAAGAACUGCUGAGCGAUAUGAAAGCGGACGUGACGAGGCUGCCGUCCAUGCUCUCCCGCAUCCCUCCUGUAUCCGCUCGACUCCACAUGUCUGAGAGAAGCAUCCUGAGCCGUCUCACCAACCGUGAGCCUCAACCCCAGCAGCCUUUUCCACAGGGAGCUUUUGCCUGUUCUUCAAUGUACAGUAACAGUUUCGGAGGAGGAUUUCGAGGUCCUGCUGGAGCUGCCAUGGUUAACUACAGCCAGAUGCCCCUGGGGCCGUACGUUAGUGUGUCCUCGAACGGUCCUCCAGCACCCAGCAGCCACAUGGACAAGAAAUCCAGUGAGGUUUUGAGAGACGUGUCUCCAUCUGACCUCAAAUCCAGCAAACCCUCAGACGUCAUUUGCAUCGAGGACUAGCCCUCAUCUUAAUCAUCUCUCUCUCUCUCUCUCUCUCGCUCUCUCUCUGUCUCUCUCACUAUCACUAUCUCUCUCUCUCUCUCUCUCGUAGAUCAAAUUUGAACAUUAUUCUGGAACAUUCCUCCCAUCAUACAGAUAAAACAAAUCUUAUGAAUUGCACUUUUGUCUUGAAGCGUGUGCGCUUGUGAGUUGAUCAGUAUUCUCCUGCUUCUAUUUUUUUUUUAAUUUACCACGGUCGAUGGAGAGAUAUCCGAGGACAGUGCGUGACAAGGAUGUUCUCUUCCUCUUACGGAUCUUUGAAAUCUGUCAUUCUGAGACAUUUCUUGGAGCCCCUUCCCCGCCCCCCACCACCAGAGUCUUUUACUGGUGCUUGAAUGUGGUGCGACAUCUAGAGUUUCUUCUUGUGUACUGCAUCCGGAUGGAGGAAGAUGGUCAUAUGACCCAAAUGCUAGUUAUGGAUUAUGCUGCUUGCAACGCGCUGUAUAGUGGUUAAAGGCAUUUUGGAGAUGAUGGGAUAUAAAAUGGAUAUAACCCCCAUUUUAUGUGCACUAUCACAGUCUCUGAGUGCAUCAUAAGAAUUAUUCAGCCAUAACCUGGAAUUAUUAACGUGUUACAUGCAGUCCUGUCAGGCUUUUUAUUGUUUUUCCUUAACAACGGCAAAUAAAUGAAAUUGUGCUUGAUGAUAUGAACAUGUCUGCUCAUGAACAAGGACCCUGACAGGCACUGAGUUUCUUAUCCAUUAAUUAUGAAAUAGCUGCAGCACUUUUUGUCAUAUUUAAGGAUUUCAGCUCCCUGGUAACACUGGUUCUGCAGUAUUAUGAGUGUGUAUUAUAACAGUAAUGGAUUUGUUUCUCUGUACUUGACUGUACAAGUGUAUCAAGUGUUGAAUUAAGCUGGGGUCGUAUUACAGAAAAACAGAAAAUCCUAUGUUAGGAUCUGAGAUAAGGUUCAGGUUUGCCCCCCCCAACUUAGAAUUUAGGAAUAUCUCAUUUUAUCUCAAAUGACAAAAUAAAGUAUUCAAUAAUCAAUUGUUAUGUCUACUACUAAUGCUGCGUUAAUGAAAAGUGGGAACUUUCCUCAGUUUUCUUCCUCCUUUCCACCUUUCAUGCCGUCUCAACUGUUAAGUAUAUCUAUAAAUGUAACAAUAAAUGAUAAAAAAAAGUAUGAUGUUUCAUUCUUUAAUAAAUACAAUGUCAUUGUUGGCAAAUAGCUGUGGAAAUCAAACAUACGCUAUAGGAUUAUUUUCCUAUAUCUUCAUGACUUCAAGUGUUUUAAUUCCUUACAAACUUCAAAAGUAGGACCUUUCUGUAAUACGGCCCCUGAAAUCAUCUUGAAAAUCAUCGGGAAGUGAUGUAUGGUAUGUUUACUUUUAUAAUUUUCACAAUAUUCCUUUUAAUCCAAAGUUUAUAGCCUUGUUGCAAUCUUUGGGCAGAAAAUUUGAAAGCAUACAUUAUAUACAUUAUGUUUUCUCCAAAGGCCAAUACCUGCUUGGCUUCACUACUACUUUUUGGUCUACAGUCAUAGGCCACAGAAUCGAUUUUGCUGCCAUGGAAGGUGUGGAAGUGGACUGUUUUGUGUUUACAUUUUAAAUGUGUGUUUUUAGUAAAAGCAUUGAAUGUGAAGCUCAUCGGGAUGUGUCAAAAGACAUCUGGUAAUUUAAACACAAGCGAAACCUCAUUUCAUUCCCGACAUCCUCAUGCAGUGUGACGGCUUUUCUUACUCGAAUAGAGGUUUUCAGUUUGUUCUUCUGCCAUUAACUUAAACGCUAAAGCCUCUCAUCACAACACACGUUGUAGUGUCAGUACUUGAAUGGUGUUAAUAUUUGUUUGUGGGGGGUUGCAAAACGGUUUAGUGUUCAUACGUACGCACAGCGCAAAACCUCAACUAAUCCACUUAAGUAAAUAAAGAGAGGCUCAAAAUCCAGUGCAUAACCAUUUUAAAUAAUAAUGGAAUAAUGGAACUUCAACUUUUUGUCAUCAAGAUGACUGUAUGUACUUUCAGUUAUACGAUCACGCGUUUGUACCAUUUUUGUUUCUAUUAUCGUAGUGCAGAUAUUGAGCUCCGGUUAAAUGCAAUCAAACUGAAGCUAAUAUGAAUGUAACGAAUUUUGAAAAAGCUUCAGUCUAAUACUAGACGUGUUUUCAUUCCUGUACACUAGGCUUCAAAAGCUACCAGAAGGCUAUAGUUGGUAAAGACACUUUUAGCUUGUUUCCAUCCAAAAACCUAGCAAGUGGGAAAAGAAGUGGAAAAUAUGACUUGUGAAAAAUAAACACGUGCAAAAUUCCUUUCACUAGACAAAAAUAAAGAGAGUAAAUGAACAAAUUCAUAACAUGUGAC